UCUUCGUCUCAGGGCCGUUGUUCCAGGGAGAACUGCAAGUACCUGCACCCUCCUCCCCAUCUAAAGACCCAGCUGGAGAUCAAUGGCAGGAACAAUCUGAUUCAGCAGAAGAAUAUGGCCAUGCUGGCCCAGCAGAUGCAGCUUGCCAAUGCCAUGAUGCCCGGCACGCAGCUACCCCCUAUGCCCAUGUUUUCAGUGACACCAGGCCUGGCGACCAACGCCAGCGCAGCAGCAGCUGCUGCCGCUGCAGCCUUUAAUCCCUACCUGAGCCCUGUGUCUCCGAGCCUGAUGCCUCCGGAGAUCCUGCCCAGCACCCCCAUGCUCAUGGCCUCCAGCCCCACCGUCAGCCAAGUUCCCAAUGCCGCUGCUGCCGCAGCCCAGAAACUGCUGAGAACAGACCGGCUUGAGGUGUGCCGGGAGUACCAGAGGGGAAACUGCGCUCGGGGGGAGGGCGAGUGCCGCUUCGCUCACCCUGCAGACAGCACCAUGAUUGACACCAAUGACAACACCGUCACUGUGUGCAUGGACUACAUCAAGGGCCGGUGCACCAGGGAAAAGUGCAAGUACUUUCACCCCCCGGCCCACCUGCAGGCCAAAAUUAAGGCCACCCAGCAUCAGGUGAACCAGGCCACGGCUGCCGCGGCCAUGGGCAUCACCCCUAGUGUCAUGGCUCCCCUCCCAAAGCGGGCGGCUCUGGAGAAGGCCAACGGGGCCACAGCCAUGUUUAACACUGGCAUGCUUCAGUACCAACAAGCCCUGGCCAGCAUGCAGUUUCAGCAGCAAGCUGCUUUCCUCCCAUCAGGCUCAAUAUUGUGCAUGACACCUGCAGCCAGCAUUGUUCCCAUGAUGCACGGUGGUACUCCAGCCACUGUGUCUGCAGCCACCACAUCUGCCACAAGCGUUCCCUUCGCAACUGCCUCCACCAAUCAGAUUCCAAUAAUAUCUGCAGAUCAUCUGAGUAGUCACAAGUACUUGACUCAAAUGUAGUUCCUCUUAAGAACAAUCAAAAUGAAUGUGUGCUGGCACCGUCCAAGCCAAAAGAGUUAAGCCUUUAUGUACAUAACCUUCAGAAUGUCAAGCAAUGGGACAAGGAGGGUCAGCCAUCUCUUAGCCUGUCCACAACGAGGGACUCGUCACAUGCAUCAAGGGUACAAACACACGAUCUGUGCCAUCUUCCCACAUAUCAAUAUCCAGAAGAAUUUGCCGUCAGAAUUGACGUCCAGCCGAGAAGAAGAAGAAGAAGAAGAAGGGGAUGAGUUGGUGGGAACAAUCACGUAACGCCUCUGUGUCUAACUGAAUCAUACCACUCAGUUUGCUCUACUUGUUAUCAUAACUGCAUGCACAGAAGGUUAAGAGCGUUGUUGCUACAAGACAACAUCUAGUGCUGGUACGUUAACAGACCGAGAGUUUUCCACCCUCUUUUAUUGUUUCCUUUUUUUUUCCAGCUUUAUUUUUAAUCAAUAGCCAUAUUUCAUAGUUUACAAGUGGAAUGCAAAUAUGCACCUUGAAUUUAAUUGAAAUCUAAAAGGCACAAUGAUAUUAUCAAUUUUUUUAUUUUAUUUUUUUAUUUUAUUUGUUUCUCUUCUCUCUGCCAAAUGCAUUGGGCAUGUACAGUAUUGUGUUUUACGGCUACUAGUGAAACUAGAUGUUGAAAUGAGGGUCUUGGACAUAUGAAUGUUCUGGGUAAACCAACAUACCUGUGUACCUUGAAAGCACAGCCAGGCUAGCUUGUCUCACCUUGUCAUGUGCCAUCAAGGCCAUACAGCUAAAACCAGAGUGUUAUCUCAGCAGUGUUAUUUGUUUACCGAAGGUAAAACUUUUGUAUGGCUCUUUUUGUAUUGUUUUCUUUUAGAAUCUCCAUUCUGA